CGUAGGUGGAGAGUCUUGGGAGAGGUCGCGGCCCCGCCUCUCCCCUCCUCCCCCUACACACGGAAGCUCAGUGGCCCCCCUGUCAGGAUGUCAGACACCUGGGUCCCCGGCCUAGUACCCACCUUGCUGCUCGGCCUGCUGGCCGGCCUCCAACAGGCUGCAGCCACAUGUGGUCUCUUCUUCACCUGCCCUAAAGGGUUCAACUGCUGUGGUAACAGCUGCUGCCAAGAGUACCAGCCAGAGCAGUACGAGCUCUUCUCUGGCCCCUUGAGGAUCUUUGUUGUCCUCUUUCUGAUCAUCAUACCCCUCUUGUGCAUCUGUGGCCUGGCUAAGUGCUUCUGUCGCAACUGCAGAAAGUCGGAGCAGGACCCCCCAACGGAUCAUGAGGGGCCCCCAGAACGGCCCCGCAUUACUCCCACAGAGAGGGUCACAGCAUCCAUUUGUGAGCCCCCACCCCCCUACAGCGAGAUUAUCCUGAAGGCCGCCGUGGGUCUGCCUCCCGUGGAGCCGCCCCCUCCCUACAGCUUCAGGCCUGAAGAGCAUGCUGGGGUGCGCAGCAGCAUCGACACCCCCACCUUCUGAGCCACCUCCUGCCUGGAACCUUGUCAUCAGCCGCCUCCUCCCCAGGGCCUCCUGGAUCAAGCCAGAGACUCGCCCCCCACCGCCCGUCGUGCCAGACCUCUGGCCAUUCUUGGCUUUAACUUAUUGCUUUUCCUACCGCGGUUCCACGCCAGUUGCUUCUCUUGUCCCAAGGGCUGGUCUGGAGUGACACGUCCACCCCUCCCUCACCUGCCAUUGCAAGGUAGAGGCUGCCUGGAGGAAAACGUGAACAGUUGGAGGUGCCCAGCGGUGGAACGAGCUGCUCUGAGAGUGGAGGGAGCUGCGCUCUGGCGGUACGAGUGUGGACUGGACGGCCAGCUCUGAGACGUUUUGGAGGGCGCUGAUGCACUCUGGGAGACAGGACUGCCUGAGCUCUGCCUUCCAUUCCACCUGACUAGAGAAGACCCCACUGUACCCUCCCCUCCCCUGCAA